UGCACUUGGAGUGACAGGAAGCGUUCAAUUUCAGUUGGCGCGCCGCUUCGAGCAGUCGCUAAGUUGGUUGAAUACAUAGAUAUGGGUUGAAUACUGCUACAUUUCUCUCUCACAAGUAAACUUAGCAACUAACGUUAGUCGUUCAUAUGUACACCUUGGUGAGACUUCUGUCGUGAAAGUGACAGCUCCAAAUUUAGCAAUAACGUUGACUCAAGCUGUUAUAAGGAGGGAUCGAACCUGGUAGGCACCCGAAGCUUCACUUUUGCAUAAUGGAGAAAUUUAAUCGGCUUUCGUUAUGUGGAAAGAUAAUCAUAUUUAACUUUAAACGAGCUUCAGCCACAAAUGACUGCGAUCGAAGCGAGUUAAUAUUCUCCAGCCUCGCAUUUGAACAGGAAGACAACACGUUCCUGAAGGCAGCUGAUGGAGCAGCUAUCAUCAGCAGGAAAAGAUCCGCGCAUGUGGAUAUUGUGAAAUGUAAAUGUGCCAUAAAUGUUCAGAAGAGAGUCACCACAGCGUGUAUUUUAGUGACAAAGAAGAGUGAGAAAGGGGAAAGCUUCCAGUAUAGUCUACUCACACUGAGCAGCUCGAACCGCCUGGAGCCCUGCAUUGAGUUUAAACUCCCUUAUCAAAUGAGGGAGACUGUGUAUAUUCUCCAUGGCCCCACAGUAUUGUGGAGCCAUACUGGUAAUGUAUUCUAUGCAUCUCUGCAGGCAGGAGAGGUGAGACAGAUACCCAUUCAGGUGUCCCACAGUGUUAUUGGAGAACUUCCCCUCCACAAAGAACAUGUAUUUGUCCUUGGGCUGCACAACCUUUCAGAUCAGUGCACUCCGUCCACAAGCCAAACCUUGGGCUAUUUUGUUGAGAGUGGACAGGUGUUUGACGGCACUAUGAUUUUGCCUCAUCCCUACAUUUGCAUCACACGGUGCAUCUUGGUGCUGUCAGCUGAAAAAGUGGAUGACGUGCUGAAAUCUGCUGUGAUUGCAGCAACUUCGAAUCAGCAACUCGUUUAUUUUGAGAAUGGCAUCGUGAAAGACGUAUGUCAGCUCCCCUUUGAACAACCUGAAAAUAUUCAGGUUGUCAACACAGGUAGAAAUGGCUGCUUGUUUGUCAUAUCUUUUCACGAGGGCCAUGUAUGUGCUGUGUGGAAGGAGACAUUUCAGAUAGCCUCCCACUGGUCAAGUGUCAGUUCUGUCCAUGUGGAUGACUUCCUGGGAUGUGGAACAGACCAAAUGCUGUUGUUUUUUAAGGAUCAAGGCAUAACAGGACAGCCUUUGGAUACAUUUCUCCUCACUGAUCUCUGUGGUAUUUCAUAUUCUCAUGGUCAGGACAGUGCAGCCCCAAAGACACCGCCUCCCUCACCAGAGAACGAUCUCCUCACUCUUCGAGCUUUAGAGUCCAGACUACAGAGUGGAUUGACCGUGCUUCAAGAGCUUCAAAGAGAGGUGAGAGUGAAGGACAGAGUUCUACAGCAGUCGGUCCGAGCUCUUACCGAUGUGGUCUCAGAAAGUGAAACUAUUCUCACCCAGCAUGAGCAGGAAGGCCUUAUUGCUCUGUGGGACUGUGAUGAUGAGUCAAGGGACGAGGCCUUGGAUGACAAGACACAAGACAUGCCAGCAGUGUCUUCAAAACCUCAAAUUGACAAGCUGUGGCAUCGCAUCACUGAGGAGCGACUGGUUGUGGGAGUGAUACUAACUACUGACAGCUCAGUACCAGUGGCCAGUGUGAGCUUAUCCAUCCUGACAGAGACGGGUCAGAGCUCAACGCCUGCAGUCAUCCAGACCCAGAGCCAAGUGUUCUGGCUCCCUGCGCCCUGCUCCUCAUCAUCAUCAUCCUCCUCCUCUGCAUACAUGUUCUCAGAGCCCGCAGCCAAGAGAAGCAAGCAGCACAAUGCCGGCAGACCCAAUGAUCUCAACACAUGCAGACUGGCUGUGACUGCUGUGACCAGGCUGACGCCUCUGUUGAACUCUGGCUGUGUCAAGUGCCAUGUCAUGCUCCAUUACGUCCAGAGACAAGAUGCUUUUGCCCUUGUGAGCAACCCAACACCGGUUGUUCUGCAUUGUGGUCAAUUUGCUUUAGACGUCCACAGUGAUUUCCAAACCCGACUGUUGAAAAACCCAGAUCUCAAAACAGAUGAGGUUAAAGAGGACUUGCUGAGUCUGAUGGCGGUGCUGGAUCGCUGGGUCUUCCACAUAGACUCUCCUGAGCACAGCUUAGGUGAUAUAGAUAGCUGGAUUCAGAAAAGAGUGGGUUGUAAGAGGAUAGAAGUGAGCCCUCAGUAUCUGCUGUUGAAUUCUUCAGGACCAUCUGCUCUCAUGCUGCUGCACUGGCAUCAGAUAACCCCUUUCCAGGGUGAACUGUCUGUCCACUCCAGCCAGUUACAGGCGCUCCAGUUUCUGGACUCUCUCUUGGCUUACCUCCCUGCGUCCUGUUCCAUCCAGCCUGUCAAAGGUACAAAAGGACAGGGUGCAACUCAAAUAUUUUCUUUGGCACUGGAGAAAGAGAUGGUGUCACUCAUAGAGUGUGUGUCAUCGCUACUUUGUGAAGAAGAAGAGGAGGAGGAGGAGAGGAAGAGCCUUGGACAUGAGGAGACCCCCGAGCCAGGUUCUGUGAAGGGGCUCCAGAGGUGUAGGGAGGUCUUUCAGUGGGACGUGGAGAGGAGUAGGAUGAGGUUGAGCCCCCUGGUGGAUGUAGGGAGGUAUCGUAGGCUAACCCAAAGCAUGUCCAAAGCCCAGCUCGAUGGGGAUUUGGCAGCUCUCUUAGGCACUCGGAGAACUUUUCUCUGCUAAUAUGCUGUAGAUGUGGUUGUUGUAAAAAAAACAAUCCCUUUGCAAAGUCUGGACACGCAGUUAGUAUUAAUGACGGUAAAGCCAACUCUUUUGUAGUGCAUUGUGUCAAGUGUAAUGACCAAAGACAGUACAUCAUGUAUGUUCUUCACAUUUCAACUGUACUGAGAGCCGCCCCCGUUGCUGGUUUGGUUAUGUCUCUGCUGUAAAAUGUCUGCUUUCUUAGUCUCUUGGGGUUUCUACCUAUCUAGUGUCUGCUGCUGAGUCAGCCGAUCACCUCCUGGUUUGCACAGCCUUAAUCUGAUACUGAUGUUAUACUGCUCUCUGCUCAGCUUAUUCUUUUGUUCAUGUCCCUGGACCCUCUGUAUUCACAAAUGCUCUUUAAUGUCUGUUGUUGUUGUUGUUGCUGCUGCUGUUGCUGCUGUGUGCUAUUCAGUAGGAGAUAGACCACUUUCAUCCUGGAGUGGGAAACUGUUUGUGUUAUAAAUAAAGGCAACAGAUGAUGGUUAGAGCAAGGGGGUUGUACAUCUGCUCAGUGGCUGGGUUCGACUGAAAGCUUUUAGUGGUACUUUUCCACUUAUGGUUCAGUUGUUUUCCUGUGAAACGAUGUAAAUAAAAAAAAAAAUUGUCCUUGGAUUCUGUUUCUUCUGUGCUGCUGCACAGGCUGUCAGCACUGUUAGUUAAAAUGCAGUUCACCCAAGUAAACAUCAAAUCCUAAAAGGAUCUGGAUACACGAGGUCUGUGGCAGCUUGACCAUAGUGUUUGCUAAAAUCGCUGGUGAGGUUUUUCAUAUUUUUUUUUUUUCUUCUCCCAGUGGGGGCGGAAAAAAACGAGGAUGUGCAUUUUGUUUAGCUGAGCUAGUCUGUCUCUGUGUAGUACUCAGUCUGAGGGGAGAUGAACUUCCCCUCUUUUACACCUUUUAAUAUGUCUUCUUCAUUGCAAGUAACCUCUUCCACUGGACCCAUUGCCACAGGACUCCACUGAACUUAGCUGAAACAUAAUUACUUCAAAGAGAGUGAUAUUUUUAAUUGAUUACUUUUGAUGGUAAUGCUACUGUGGGUUACAUUAAAUGUUCCAGUUAAAAAAUA